GUGGAAGUGAGGUUAGUUCUUUCGGCAAAGGCUUCUGAGAACGUCAAGUUUAAGGAUUUACUUUCAGAAUACACUGUUCCACAACUGUUCUGAAUUCCACUUGCUAAGUGUUCGGGUGUUGUGGUUAAAGUGAGGACUGGGCAAUGUGGGUAGAUCAGAGUAAACUCAUCAAAACAAUUCCAAGGGACCCUAGGACGACACUACUCUGGGUAUGUCUACACCUCUUUAUAGUGGAAUGACAACAAUAUCAUGAAUGUUCACUCUAAUCCAUUGUAUUUGCCACCAUCAUCUCUCUCUUAGAGUAAUACAACUUUAUCUCCUUUUCUCUGCCUUUGGUAAUGGCCCUCUUCCAUGUAUUCUACUUCUGGCCUAGGAUGAUCUGGCCUUUGUUUAUCUAUCCAGCCUCAUUCUUUGCCACCUGUCCCCUACAACAGCUGAGCUUCACCGUCUCCCUCUUUGCAGACCUUGGUCCCUUGAGGCCCAGCCUACAUCACUGCUCUUUCUCUGGUUGGCUCCUACUUGCCUUUCAGGAUUAAAUAUUACUUCAUUCAGAAAGCCUGGUUUAUAGAAAGUGCUCAAUAAAUGUAGAUAUUAUUAUUAUUUUAAAAUAAUAGAAGUAAAAAUGCAUCCUCGGUGUGAUAUUGAAAAAGUGGAUGAAUGAGAUAGGUAUUUGUUGAGUGGAUGGGUGACUGGGACAUGGGUUCUAUCACUUUAGCAACUCUCCAGGUGAGAGGACUUAAAAAAGUGUGUUCAGGCUGGGCGCGGUGGCUCACGCCUGUAAUCUCAGAACUUUGGGAGGCCGAGGCGGGCGGAUCACGAGGUCAGGAGAUCGAGACCAUCCUGGCUAACAUGAUGAAACCUCGUCUCUACUAAAAAUACAAAAAAAUUAGCCGGGUGUGGUGGCACAUGCCUGUAAUCCCGGCUACUUGGGAGGCUGAGGCAGGAGAAUUGCUUGAACCCGGGAGGCGGAAGUUGCGGUGAGCCGAGAUCCUGCCAUUGCACUCCAGCCUGGGCAACAAGAGUGAAACUCCAUCUCAAAAAAAAAAAAAAAAAAAGUGUGUUGAGAAAAGUUUCACUUCAGAUGACGCCGGGGAUGUAAACCGUCUUCUCUUCCAUCCUAACUCGGAGCCAUCCCCGCUUUCUCUGCCCAGCUGGAAUUUUUGAAGCGAGAAAAUCGACUCGCUCGGGGUUCGCCCGCCGACGCCGCACGGCUUGCUGGGGCUGGACUCUUCUUCGCGGAAGUGGGUAGGAGGCGGUUGCGGUUAGUCGGCCGGGACCGGUAGGGGUGCUGUUGCCAUCAUGGCUGACCCCGACUCCUGGUACCCUCGCUCCUCGAUCGAGGACGACUUCAACUAUGGCAGCAGCGUGGCCUCCGCCAGCGUGCACAUCCGAAUGGCCUUUCUAAGAAAAGUCUACAGCAUUCUUUCUCUGCAGGUUCUCUUAACUACAGUGACUUCAACAGUUUUUUUAUACUUUGAGUCUAUACGGACAUUUGUACAUGAAAGUCCUGCCUUAAUUUUGCUGUUUUCCCUCGGAUCUCUGGGUUUGAUUUUUGUGUUGACUUUAAACAGACAUAAGUAUCCCCUUAACCUGUACCUACUUUUUGGAUUUACGCUGUUGGAAGCUCUGACUGUGGCAGUUGUUGUUACUUUCUAUGAUGUAUAUAUUAUUCUGCAAGCUUUCAUACUGACGACUACAGUAUUUUUUGGUUUGACUAUGUAUACUCUACAAUCUAAGAGGGAUUUCAGCAAAUUUGGAGCAGGGCUCUUUGCUCUUUUGUGGAUAUUGUGCCUGUCAGGAUUCUUGAAGUUAUUUUUUUAUAGUGAGAUAAUGGAGUUGGUCUUAGCCGCUGCAGGAGCCCUUCUUUUCUGUGGAUUCAUCAUCUAUGACACACACUCACUGAUGCAUAAACUGUCACCUGAAGAGUACGUAUUAGCUGCCAUCAGCCUCUACUUGGAUAUCAUCAAUCUGUUCCUGCACCUGUUACGGUUUCUGGAAGCAGUUAAUAAAAAGUAAUUAAAAGUGUCUCAGCUCAACUGAAGAACAACAACAACAAAAAUUUAACGAGAAAAAAAGGAUUAAAGUAAUUGGAAGCAGUAUAUAGAAACUGUUUCAUUAAGUAAUAAAGUUUGAAACAAUGAUUAAAUACUGUUACAAUCUUUAUUUGUAUCAUAUGUAAUUUUGAGAGCUUUAAAAUCUUACUGUUCUUUAUGAUACCUCAUUUCUAAAUCCUUGAUUUAGGAUCUCAGUUAAGAGCUAUCAAAAUUCUAUUAAAAAUGCUUUUCUGGCUGGGCAUAGUGGCUCACGCCUGUAAUCCCACCACUUUGGGAGACCGAGGCAGGUGGAUCACAAGGUCAAGAGGUCAAGACCAUCCUGGCCAACAUGGUGAAACCCCGUCUCUACUAAAAAUACAAAAAUUAGCUGGAUGUGGUGGCAUGCGCCUAUAGUCCCAGCUACUCAAGAGGCUGAGGCCAGAGAAUCGCUUGAACCUGGGAGGUGGAGGUUGCAUUGAGCCAAGAUCACACCACUGCAUUCCAGCCUGGUGACAGAGCGAGACUCAGUCUCAAAAAAAAAAAAAAAAAAAAGUUUUUCUUCCUAAAUUAGCCACGCAUAGUGAUUCAUUUGCAAUUCAAAAAUAAUUUUAUGAGUAGAUAAGAAUAUCAGUUUACCUUUGUCUAGUGAUUUUAUCUAAAUUUUCCCUGAAUUAUUAAGUAAUAUUGAUUUGGCUUUGAUUCUAAAGUAGUAGAGUCUUUACCAUUAUAAAUUGUAAAUCUCUUUUUGCUUAAAAGGAAAAAAAUGUAAAAGAUAAAUUCCACAGAGAAUUAUUCAGUAUUAUAUUAAAAUGUUAAUGACUUUUUAUUUUAAAUUGUACUAAAAUUGAAAGUCUGCCUGAAAGUCAGAUAUUAUGACAAAAUUUGACAUUAAUUGUUUUUUAAAGUAUAGAUUUCAUUUGAAAUUAUAGAAUGCUAAUGUGGUUAGAGGACACCAAAGAUACUGGGUCAUCAGCCAUUAAGUAUAUCUAUUUCAAAAUUAAAAUAUUUGGGAAAUA